UCGAGACCUGUCGAGAUCCCCACCCCCACUCGACGGAGUCCUAGAGAACACAAGCCUGCCCGAACAUCCAGGGCCAGCAGCAAUUCUUCCAGAAGGUCACGGGAUUCCGAGAAGAAACAUCGUCCCGAUGCCUUGCCUCCAGCCGUCGCAGCCCUCUUGGCCGUGACUGCCAUUCCUCCUCCCAAGUCUCAACUGAGACGCAAGAAGAGUCCUGUGCGGGACAUGUCCAUCGACGAGCUCAUCCAGGAAUGGAGAAAGGACACAUCGACCAAGUCCAGCUACAGCUGCGCCUCUCUGGAUAUGCUCCUCGGAUCAGCCGACGAAGACGACUACGAGCACAUGUAUUCCUCCAGAUCGACUUCGUGUGACUCGAUUCCUUCCUUGGACGCCGAUGAGGCUUCAUCAGUAUUGUCUCUCAGCAAUCCCGCCACGCCAGAUUCCAUCCGAAGCCGCAAGUCCAGCAUGGGCAGCUACCGCAAGGAGAAGACUUUCUGCACUCCCGAGAUCGAAGACUGCAGCGUUGACCAUCCGCUCGGCUUUUCCACCAUCGAGUUCGACGAGGAUCUCAUUCUUAUCAACUCACCCUGCCCCAAGGAACGCAAGCAACGCAAAUCUGGUGGGUUUCGCUCGAACUUGAGCUCUUCGCUUCAGGCCAUCAAGUCUCGUGUAACCUCGUCAUUCUCAUCGUUGAACUUGAACCUUGACGAGGAUUCCUUCUCGGAUGCAUCGCUUUGGCAACAUCCUUACCUUUUCCCAAGGCUGAGCUCUGAACUCAGACCCACCCCCUUUGCAUCGACCCCUUCAAAAUCCCAUCGCCAAUACUUGAAUCCUCGUUCGGCCCCUGUCCCCUUUGAGGAGCAACAGCAUCAUUGGCAAAAGGCUCUUUCCUCGGAUUCUUCUGACAGCGAGUGUCCCGAAACUCCAAUGAUCCAGAUGCAAACCUACAACAAGCGAGCCGCAUCUUCACCACGCCGCUCGCGUCGUGGUUCGAGCACCGGCGCACCAGACCCUCGAUCGGAAGCCGGCCGCGCCAUGUCCGGGCACGUCCCUAUGCCAACUCGGCAGCGCGAGCCUCGCGAAAACAGCGACUUCCUUCGUGUCAUCGUACUCGAGAUGAACAUGCGCCGUGGAGGCAAAUUCGAAGAGGGCGCAAGCGGACGUGCUAGGAUCUGGUUGCCACCUCGCAAG